CUUGAACAAAAAAGAAUUUGAAAAAUUCCUAAAUCUUGAAACACUCUACCACCAACAAUUUCCCUCUCCUCAACACAAGACAAAGACAACAACAACAAACACUGAAUCAUCACAUCAGAAAGAUACUUUCAAAGAGAAUAACCCCUUCUUACUUCUCAGAGUUAAACUUCAACUCCACUCCACCAUCUACUAUCAGAUCCAACCUUAAACAUAACAUAACUAACUCGAUCCCGCCUUAGUCGCUCCUUGGACCGGAUACCGGAUACAGAGUCUGAUUAGUGACUUGUUAUUGGACCGGAUACCGAGUUUUUUUUAACUUAACUAACUAACUCAACCGAGUCACUGAGUUAAACUCGUCGAGUGUUAUUAUAUCAACAAUGCAACAAUCUUCAUCGCCGUCACCGGAAGCGAUACUCGAAUGGCUUCACAAAGAAAUGGGAUACAGACCACUGGGUCAAUAUGCUUCCGCCGGAGGAAAAUCGCAUUCACCGUCAGUCGAAUCGAUCCGAAAAAUCUGCCGCGGGAACAUGAUUCCGGUAUGGAAUUUCCUCGUAACGCGUGCGAAAUCGGAGAAAACUGUGAGGAAUGUGAGGAGGAAUAUUACGGUUCACGGUGAAGGGGAUGGUGGUGGGAGGAAGAAGGAAAAGAGGGAAGGGGAGGAAGUGGAGGUUGCGUUGAUGGAGAGGGAUUCGGUGAAGAAGGAGGUUGAGAGGUUGAGGAAUGUUGUGAGGAGACAGAGGAAGGAUUUGAAAGCGAGGAUGCUUGAGGUUUCGAGGGAAGAAGCGGAGAGGAAGAGGAUGCUUGAUGAACGGGCGAAUUACAGGCAUAAGCAAGUGAUGUUGGAGGCCUAUGAUCGCCAAUGUGAUGAAGCUUCGAGAAUAUUUGCUGAAUACCAUAAACGUCUCUGUUACUAUAUAAAUCAAGCAAGGGAUGCUCAAAGAUCAGGUGUGGAUUCUUCCGUUGAAAUGGUAAAUAGUUUUAGUGCAAAAAAUGAGAAGGAAGCUGUUUAUUCUACUGUUAAGGGCAGUAAAUCUUCAGAUGAUGUCAUUGUCAUUGAAACCACGAGGGAAAAGAAUAUUAGAAAGGCGUGUGAAUCUCUUGUAGCUUACAUGGUUGAUAAAAUACAAAGUUCUUUUCCUGCUUACGAAGGAAGUGGCGUUCUAUCAAAUCCUCAAGCAGAAGCAGCAAAGCUGGGGUUUGAUUUUGAUGGGCAAAUUCCGGAUGAGGUUAGAACAGUUAUUGUGAAUUGCCUAAAGAGUCCUCCUCUAUUACUUCAGGCAAUUACUGCAUACACUUCUCACUUGAAAAGUCAAAUAUCCAGAGAAAUAGAGAAAAUUGAUGUUAGAGCUGAUGCAGAGAUCUUGAGGUACAAAUAUGAAAAUAACAUAGUUAUGGAUGUUUCCUCUUCUGAUGGGAGCUCUCCUCUACAGUAUCCACUUUAUGGAAAUGGAAAACUUGGGGCUGAUGUGCCUCCAGGAGGAAGUCAAAAUCAGCUCCUUGAAAGACAGAAAGCGCAUGUUCAGCAAUUUUUGGCUACUGAAGAUGCACUAAACAAUGCUGCAGAGGCAAGGGACUUGUGUGAAAAACUUAUGAAACGUCUGCAUGGAGGCACCGAUGUUACUUCUCGUUCAAUUGGGAUUGGAGCGACAUCUCAAAAUGUUGGAAGUCUUAGACAACUUCAGCUAGAUGUUUGGGCAAAGGAAAGAGAAGUUUCUGGUUUAAAGGCAAGUUUAAACACCUUGAUGUCUGAAAUACAACGCUUGAAUAAGUUAUGUGCCGAGAGGAAAGAAGCCGAAGAUUCUCUGAAAAAAAAGUGGAAAAAGAUUGAAGAAUUUGAUGGUCGUAGAUCAGAGCUUGAGUCCAUAUACACGGCACUUCUUAAAGCAAAUACGGAUGCUGCUUCAUUUUGGAGUCAGCAACCAUCGACUGCAAGGGAGUAUGCUUUAAGCACUAUAAUUCCAGCAUGUUCUGCUGUUGUUGAGACUUCAAAUAGUGCAAAGGAUCUUAUUGAGAAGGAAGUGUCUGCCUUUUAUCGGAGUCCAGAUAAUAGCCUCUACAUGCUUCCUUCUUCACCACAGGCACUGCUUGAGGCCAUCGGGUCCAGUGGAUCAUCUGGACAGGAAGCAGUUGCAAAUGCAGAAAUAAGUGCAGCUAUUUUGACAGCAAGAGCUGGUGCUCGGGAUCCGUCGGCAAUUCCAUCUAUAUGUCGGGUUUCAGCUGCACUUCAGUAUGCUGCUGGUGGCUUGGAGGGUUCAGAUGCUGGUCUAGCAUCAAUACUGGAGUCCCUGGAGUUUUGCUUGAAACGCCGUGGUUCAGAAGCUAGUGUUUUGGAAGAUUUAUUAAAGGCUAUUAAUCUUGUCCAUAUUAGACGGGAUCUUGUGCAAAGUGGUCAUGCCUUGUUGAAUCAUGCCUACUUUGUUCAACAGGACUACGAAAGGACGACCAAUUUUUCUUUAAAUUUGGCAGCAGAACAAGAAAGAGCUGUCAUGGAAAAAUGGUUGCCUGAACUCAAGACUGGUGUUUUGAAUGCUCAGCAGAGUUUGGAAGCUUGCAAAUAUGUUUGGGGAUUGCUUGAUGAGUGGUGGGAGCAACCGGCAUCGACGGUUGUCGACUGGGCGACAGUGGAUGGGUCAAAUGUAGCUUUCUGGCAUAAUCAUGUGAAAAAGCUUCUCACAUGUUAUGAUCAGGAGCUACUAUUGUGAAUAGAAUUGUAAUACACCUACAGCGACUUAAAUUUUCUCAAGUCCCAGAUUUUCUAAACAAUUCCCACUUUGCUAUCGACAUUGAAGACUUUAUAUUCUUCAGCCUCGAGUUGCUGUGAAGCAGCCAGUACUUCAAGCAUUUACUUUGGGAUGGAAUGUGCAGCUGUUGUUGUUAUUGAUAGACCAAGAAAACCUCAAGAACAAGAAAGAAACCUCUCCUCCACCUGUUGAUUUUUUUAGAUUCCCCCUUCUUUCUCUUCAGAAGUGUGAUGUGUAUUAUAACUUAUAAGCUAUAUGAGAAACAGGUUAACUUAUAAGCCAUUUCAGAUUCUAGGUGGUAAGUUAGAAUGUUCUUUAUAAUUGCAUGUGAUUAAUGGUUUUGAAUCCUCUAAUUGUAGAGCUCUGUAAAUUGAUUAAAUGUGUGCCAGAUAGUUGAAGUUGAAAACAUAUUCCAUAUUCAACUUCAUUUAGUGUCGUUUAGAAAACAUUAAGAAGUCUAGUUACAGGUAGACUUAUGUUUUGUGGCACUUAUUCUAAGUUUUACGUGGUAUAUGAUGAGAUUUCUUGUUUUGUAAACAAACAAAAACUCUUUGUAGAAGAGUCCUGUUCGUAUUUUAUAUUGCUAA